AUGAAUCCCAUCACGCCGACGACUCCCAAUCAAGCGCGCAAUGGCAAUGGGCAAUUUGGCCAGCACAAUUUGAGCCCAACGAGCCUACGAGCUCAGAACAGCAAGAGGGCUCGCGACAGCGAUGACGGCGAUGAUGGGAAUGGAGGCACAUCGCCAAUUGAUUCCGGCGGUAGAGGCUUGAAGCAGCCUGCGAUCAAGCGCGCUUGCAAUGAGUGCCGCCAGCAGAAGUUGCGAUGCGAUGUUCAACAAGAUCCCUUUGUUCCUUGCUCACGAUGCCGCAAACACAAGCUCACAUGCUUGAUUGAGCCCAAUUUCAAGCGCGUCGGCAAGCGAAGCAGACAUGCUGAAAUGGAACGCGAGAUAGCAGAGCUCAAACAACAAGUGAGCAGGAUGUCGGGACAGCCUAUACAGCACUCUUCGGCGUCUACACCGUUCUCAGGCGGCAUACCACAAAUCGAAACGUAUAACAGGUUGCAGAAUGAAGACGAGUUUCUAGGUCCACACCAGGCUGUAGCCUCACUGCUUGAUCUAAGAGGAGGAAGUCCAAGUGGCGUUAAACUACAUGCCCUUGGUGAACUACUUUAUGCCCCAGAUCGAGUCAAUGAGUUGUUCAAAAUCUUCUUCGAUCAAUACCACCCUUAUCUACCGUUUCUCGACCCUGACCAGUCACCAGACCAAUACCUGAAAGAUUCAAGGUUACUUUUCUGGACUAUUAUUGCCGUCGCUGCGCGCAAGUCAGACCCGCGAGACUACGAGCGAAUGAAGAAUCCCUUGACAGGAUUAUUAUGGGGGACCAUUGCCGAAGUUCCUGGAAAUCAUCACGUCGUCAAAGCGCUGUGCUUGCACUGCACUUGGCCACUUCCUACCGAUCGGACGUCGACUGAUAUUACCUUUAUGUUAUGUGGACUCAUGAUGCAGGUUGCCAUGCAAAUUGGCCUGCAUCAACCGGCGCAUGCAGACGACUUCUCCAGAUAUAGAAUUCAGCUCCAGAGAGAAGAUAUAGAUGAUCGCACACGAACGUGGGCAGUUUGUAACAUUGUCGCCCAGUCCGUAUCCACAGGUUACGGGCAGCCUCCAAACACCGAAUAUGACUCGACCCUAAAAUUCAUCAAGUAUAAUCCGAAAGAGCCCCUUACGGCACUCUCACCUCAAUUGUUCGCAAGGCUGCGGCUUGAGAUGGCCGCUGAUAGGAUUGUAAGGAAUAUCUAUGCUAAUCAUGUUCUUGACGAGUCCGGAAAUACCUUCUAUCAUCCGCAUAACCAAGACGCACCGUCUUUCGCGAAAAUUGAGGUCGAAUCACUGUUUCGCGAGACCCUUGAUAUGGAGCCUCUGUUCACUGAUAUCGAAUGGCUUUACCAGAAGGCAGUCCAUCUACACCUCCGAUUAUAUUCUUUCUUCGACACAACUUCCGAUCCCAGGAUAAGGAAGGAUCUACUGGAGUUGUAUAAUGCCGCCACAUCAUUUAUUGACCAGGCGAUGCGCCUACAUGAAGCGCAACGUCUUCAUCACGCUCCAAAUAUAAUUUUUCAGAUGCUUUUGGCGGCGGGAUUUGCCCUCUUAAAGUUAUGCAACUCUGACUAUACAGUUCAUUACAUCAAUUGCGAUAGUCGCAAGUAUUUCAGUAAUGCUGUACGUAUGGCUCGUUGUUUCUCUACGAAGCAGAACGAUCUACCAAUGCGUCUCUGCGAAGUUCUCGCACAAUUGUGGAAGGAAUCUGGCAGCGGGGGCGCGUCCAACCCGUCAAAAUCGAACUCACCCAUGGCGGCCAUACAUACUCCUUUCAAUCGACAAGGCAGCUUCGACAUGUCAGAAGACGCCGUUCGUCUCAAAGUCCGCAGUCGAAUGAGCAUGAGUGUCGUUUUCGACAGUGUAUGGCGCUGGCGCGAGACACACGUGAAAGAGCAACUCGAAACCGCCGUGCAGAACCCAACCAAUCCAGACUCAAGUUCCAACUCAACGCCACCGCCAGGUCUUGCGAACACUAGUGGAGCAGAUCUCAGUGUUCUGGACGGUAGUCUAGGCAUUCCUGCUAGUAUUGGUGGCCCAGCUGCUACGGCAGCCUUGAACAUGCCUUUAGGCAUGGCAAAUGGGCUUGCUAAUACAGCAGCAAAUAGCUACGAGUUCUUUGACCCGGUCAGCUGGGUAUUAGAUUUCGAUCAGGAAUGGAAUACAGACUACAAUGCUGGGUUCCCCAAUUUUCCUCAGUAG